CCUCCAUCGGGACGGACCCUCCCAGUCAACAGCUUUCGAUAGCGCUCCUCCAUCGCCAGCCAGCACACGCAUACGGCUCCUCGAACUGCGACUGCUCGACUCCUUCUCUCCUCCCUCCUCCCUCCCCCUGUUCCUCCUUUUCCUCCUCCCUCUCCUCCUCCUCACCACCGCCGCCGCCGCCAUUCCACGCCUCCGGCACGCGCGCCCCGGGAUCGAUCAUUCCCCUUCCUCGCCCCCCGCGCAGCAGCGGUAGCUACCAAGCAAUCAAGCGAGCAAACAAACAAGCAAACAAAACCAUGGCGAGCAAGGUCGACCGCAUCGUCGCGCGGCUGCAGGACAAGAUUGCCGACGGCGACUUCUACGAGGCCCAGCAGCAGACGCGCGUCGCCGCCUCGCGCCACAUUAAGACGCGCAACUGGCCCGCCGCCAUCGACAUCCUCGCCAGCGUCGCCCAGGCCCUGCUCCGCGCCGGCCAGGGCGGCAGCGGCGGCGACCUGUGCGUCAUGCUCGUCGACGUCUACCGCCAGGCCGAGCUCCGGCCCGAUGCCGCCGCAAAGGGCCGCCUGCUGACGUGCCUGCGCCUGUUCGAGGCCGGGGAGCCCACGAGGAAGAAGUUUGUCGGCGAGAUGAUUGGAUGGUCCGCCAAGUUCGGCGAAUACCCCGCCGGCGAUCCGGAGCUGCACCACGUCGCAGGAUCGAUAUACGCCGAGGAGCACGACACGUACGAGGCCGAGCGGCACCUUCUGCUCGGCACCAAAGAUUCCCCCGAGGUGCUAUUGAAAAUGGAGUACGCGUGGUACAAGGAGGGCGACGCCCACAUGGCGCCGCAAUUUGCCGCGCGUGCCAUCCUCCCCUACCUGCUCGUCGGCAACGUCCGCGCCGCCAACACAUGCUACCGCCUCUUCACCAGCGCCCUCAGCACCGAUAGCCCCAACCUGGGCGUACAGGAUGUGUCGAGUGCGAGCUCCGACGUUCGCAUCUUCCCCAGCCUGCCGCUGCUCAACUUCCUCGGCCUGCUGCUACUGGCCAUCCAGCGCGGCGCCCCCGAGGUGUACAAGGGACUCGUCUCCAAGUAUGCGACCCAGGUCAAUGAGGCCGAGGUCUGGGCUGAGCCGCUCGAGAUGAUUGCCGAGAUGUACUUUGGCAUCCAAAAGCCGCGCCAGAGCAACCCGCUCAUGGACAUGAUGAGCGGCUUCUUUGGCGGCGGAGGCGCGCCCCAGCAGCAGCCCCAGCGGCGGGGUCUGCGCGGUGUAGAUGCCCCGGCGCCAGCGGGCCUGGACUGAUGUCGAUAUGAGAUAUGCAUGUAUGUAUAAACAUAGAGCAAAUACACGCAGCGUGUGCUUCGCAACGGG